GAGAGCGUCCAAAUAGGAGGCUGUGGGCAUAGUCGGUUGUCACGGAGAUGACGAGGCUGUGAUUGAUGAAGUGCAGAUCCCAGCCAGUGCUCCCAAAGAAAGACGCUCCUCCCGGCCCUUCCGGCUCCCUCGAGAUCCCAGUCAGCAGGGAGGAAGAUGCAGUCGGCAGACAGAACGCGGCAGCCCCCCAAGCGCUGAGGGCUCCCUCCGCUCCUUCCGGCCCCAGCCCCAGGAUCUCCUCCACCAUGGCCUGCAACAGCACGUCCAUCCAGACCGACGAAUCUGCACCGCAGAACGGGAGCCUUGGGGAGGAUUCCGGGGCGCCCGCCCCGCUCAGGAUGUCCCUGGCGGUAGUCAUGAUGCUGAUGAUCGUGGUGGGUUUCCUUGGAAACGCCGUGGUCUGCAUCAUCGUGUACCAGCGGCCGGCCAUGCGCUCGGCCAUCAACCUGCUUCUGGCCACGCUGGCCUUCUCCGACAUCAUGCUGUCCCUGUGCUGCAUGCCCUUCACGGCUGUCACCCUGAUCACGGUCCACUGGCACUUCGGGGACUACUUCUGCCGGCUCUCUGCCACCCUCUACUGGUUCUUUGUCCUGGAGGGCGUGGCCAUCCUGCUCAUCAUCAGCGUGGACCGCUUUCUCAUCAUCGUCCAGCGCCAGGACAGGCUGAACCCGCGCAGGGCCAAGGUGAUCAUCGCCGCGUCCUGGGCGCUGUCCUUCUGCGUCUCGGCACCCUCGCUGGCCGGCUGGACACUGGUGGAGGUCCCGGCGCGGGCCCCGCAGUGCGUGCUGGGCUACACUGAGGGCCCGGGAGGCCGCGCCUACGUGCUGCUGCUGGUGGGCGCCGCCUUCUUUGUGCCCUUCGCCGUGAUGCUGUGCUCCUACCUGGGCAUCCUGCACACCGUGCGCAAGAACGCCGUCCGCGUGCACAACCAGUCCGACAGUCUGGACCUGCGGCGGCUGCCCCGCGCCGGGCUGCGGCGGCUCCAGCGGCACCAGCAGGUCAGCCUGGACCUGAGCUUCAAAACCAAGGCCUUCACCACCAUCCUGAUCCUCUUUGUGGGCUUCUCGCUGUGCUGGCUGCCGCACUCGGUCUACAGCCUGCUGUCCGUGUUCAGUCGGCGCUUCUACUGCGGCCCCUCGUUCUACACCACCAGCUCCUGUGUCCUGUGGCUCAGCUACCUCAAGUCCGUCUUCAACCCCAUCGUCUACUGCUGGAAGAUCAAGAAGUUCCGCGAGGCCUGCCUGGAGCUGCUGCCCCAGACCUUCCAGAUCCUCCCCAAAGUGCCUGAGCGGAUCCGGAGGCGAAUCCAGCCGAGUACCGUCUACGCGUGCCCUGAAAACCAGUCCGCCGUGUAGGGGAGGCCGACGCACCCCCUGGCCUGCGGCGCGGGGCCCCGCCUCCUCUGCUUGCCUCCACGGGGGCUUCUCCAUCGCCAGCACUCUGUGGGGGCCUCUUAAGCACAAAGGGACUCAUUUGUUACCAGGUGAGCUGCGGGCUCGCAAGGUUGCCAGAUGAAUUAUUUUUGUUUCUAACGGCAGAAGAAACAAUGUGUGGCUCUCAAGGAAACUGGACAGUGGUGAAGACGAAAUGGGAAGUGAGUGGGUGA